CGGCCAUUUUGCUGUGAGGCCUCGCGUCGACACGUGAGAGAGAGGAGAGGGAAGAGCAGAAACUCUCCUGCGAGAGGGAACAUUCAGGCGGGACCGGGGCCGGAGGAACCGACACCAUGCCCACCAUCACGCUGCCGCCGAAGGAGAACGCGCUGUUCAAGAGGAUCCUGAGAUGUUACGAGCACAAGCAGUACAGAAAUGGCCUGAAGUUCUGCAAGCAGAUCCUCAGCAACCCCAAGUUUGCAGAACAUGGAGAGACGCUGGCCAUGAAGGGGUUAACCCUCAACUGCCUGGGCAAGAAGGAGGAGGCCUAUGAGCUGGUGAGACGAGGUCUACGGAACGACCUCAAGAGCCACGUCUGCUGGCACGUGUACGGCCUGCUGCAGCGCUCUGACAAGAAGUACGACGAGGCGAUCAAGUGUUACCGCAACGCUCUAAAAUGGGACAAGGACAACCUGCAGAUCCUGCGAGAUCUUUCCUUGCUGCAGAUCCAGAUGAGGGACCUGGAGGGAUACAGGGAGACGCGGUACCAGCUGCUGCAGCUCCGUCCAGCCCAGCGGGCCUCGUGGAUCGGCUACGCAGUAGCAUAUCACCUGCUGGAGGACUUUGAGAUGGCUGCCAAGAUUGUUGAGGAGUUUCGCAAAACACAACAGACAUCUCCAGACAAGGUGGACUACGAGUACAGUGAACUCCUGCUGUACCAGAACCAGGUUCUGCGGGAGGCCGGCCUCUACAAGGAGGCCCUGGACCACCUGAACAACUACGAGAAGCAGAUCUGUGACAAGCUGGCUGUGGAGGAGACCAGAGGAGAGCUGAUGCUGAAGCUGGAGAGGCCUGACGAGGCUCUGGAGAUCUACCGGAAACUCCAGGAGAGGAACCCCGAGAACUGGGCGUACUACCAGGGCCUGGAGAAGGCCUUGAAUCCAGGCAGUAUAGAGGAACGUUUCAAGAUUUAUGACGAGUCCUGGGUGAAGUUUCCCAAAGGCCUGGUCCCCCGCAGGCUGCCCCUGAACUUCCUAACAGGGGAGAAGUUUUGUGAAUGUCUGGACAGCUACCUGAGGAUGAACUUCAGUAAAGGCUGCCCACCCGUCUUCACCACGCUCAAAUCCCUCUACAGCAGCAAGGACAAGGUUAAAAUGAUUGAAGACUUAGUUGUUGGCUAUGAAAGGUGUUUAAAAAGCUGUCGAAUGUUUAAUGAAAAUGAUGAUGGGAAGGAGGAGCCCCCCACCACCCUCCUGUGGGUCCAGUAUUUCCUGGCGCAGCACUUUGACUUCAUCGGUCAGGCCGGCCCGGCGCUGGACAACAUCAAUGCCGCCAUCGACAGCACGCCCACUCUGAUCGAGCUCUUCCUGGUCAAGGCCAAGAUCUACAAGCACGCCGGCAACAUCAAGGAGGCGGCGCGGUGGAUGGACGAGGCCCAGGCGCUGGACACCGCCGACCGCUUCAUCAACUCCAAGUGUGCCAAGUACAUGCUGAAGGCCGGCCUCAUCAAGGAGGCCGAGGAGAUGUGCUCCAAGUUCACACGGGAGGGAACAUCUGCCGUGGAGAACCUGAAUGAGAUGCAGUGCAUGUGGUUCCAGACGGAGUGUGCCCUGGCGUACAAGGACCUCAAUAAGUUUGGGGACGCCCUGAAGAAGUGCCACGAGAUUGAGAGGCAUUUCGUGGAGAUCACCGACGACCAGUUUGACUUCCACACCUACUGCAUGAGGAAGAUGACGCUGCGCUCCUACGUGGACCUGCUGAAGCUGGAGGACGUGCUGCGGCAGCAUCCCUUCUACUACAAAGCUGCUCGGACGGCCAUCCAGAUCUACCUGGCCCUGCACGACAAGCCCCUAACGGACGACAACAAGGAGAGCCAGGCAGACACCGAGAAUCUGACAGACAAAGAGCUGAAGAAGCUACGCAACAAGCAGCGGAGAGCCCAGAAGAAGGCUCAGCUAGAGGAGGAGAAGAAGAACGCCGAGAAGGAGAAGCAGCUCAAGAACCAGAAGAAGAAGAAAGAGGACGACGAUGAGGAAAUAGGGGGGCCAAAAGAGGAGCUAAUACCAGAGAAACUGGCCAAGCCGGACAACCCCUUAGAGGAGGCCGUCAAGUUCCUCAUCCCCCUCAAGAACCUGGUGCGCAACAAGCUGGAGACUCACCUGCUGGCCUUCGAGAUCUACUUCAGGAAAGAGAAGUACCUGCUGAUGCUGCAGGCCAUAAAGAGGGCCGUGGCCAUCGAACCCUCCGACCCCUGGCUGCACCAGUGCUUAGUGCGCUUCUUCAAGGGAGUGAGCGAGAGCGCCGACCUGGCCAAGCCUGUGAGGACGGUGCUGAACCAGGAGAUCUCCAGGCUGUUUGGAGAGAGCAACCCCCAGAGCUUCAACAAGAACUUCCUGAGCCAACACUCCAGCUCCAUCCCCCACCGGCUGGCAGCCGCUAAAAUGAUGGUAUACCUGGAGCCCUCCUCCGAUAAGAUGGCCUGUGAAAUCGCGACGGCCCUGGACGAGUCUCUGUCUGGAAGGAGCAUCCAGAUCUGCACCGAGGUUCUGGACGGCCUGCGCGACGGGCACCUGGGCGAGGCCCAGCAGAAGUCGGCCGACGCCUACUGGGCCAGCUGCCACAAGGUGUACCCCUACUGCCUGGCCUUCAUGCCCCCCGGCUACCAGGACAACAGCAUCAGUGCCAACGGAGACCUGUCGGCAGGAGAGCACGACGACAUGGGAAACGAGAUGUGAGGUCCACAGGAGGAGGGGAGAGGGGAGGAGGAGGUGCGAGCACGCUGCCAGACGCCUUAGUACGCCAACAGAGCCAUUUCUCCAGCGCCCACCCCCCCCUCUCCACCUCCCGGGCCACGUCCCCCACAAUGCACUGAUC